GUGUGCAACGGCGAGCAGCGGCGGAGCCGGCGGGUGCCAUCGCGGGGAGAGCGGGCGCAGCCCUAUCAGCGAGAGCGGCUGGGCGCGAUGCUGAAUUAGGCGCGCGCGGCCCGAGGGCGGGCAACGGUCCCCAUGGCGAGCAGCCGGAGCAUCGAGCUGGAGCACUUCGAGGAGCGGGACAAGAGGCAGCAGCGCGCCGGGCCGCGGCGCGGCGCAUCGGGCUCGAGCGGCGGCGCGGGGCCGCGGGGCAACGGGCUGAUCCCCAGCCCCGCGCACAGCGCCCACUGCAGCCUCUACCGCACGCGGACGCUGCAGGCGCUCAGCUCGGAGAAGAAAGCGCGCAAAGCUCGCUUCUACCGCAACGGGGACAAGUACUUCAAGGGCUUGGUGUAUGCCAUCUCCAGCGACCGCUUCCGCUCCUUCGACGCUCUCCUUGCCGAGCUGACCCGCUCCCUGUCGGACAACGUGAACCUGCCCCAGGGCGUCCGCACCAUCUACACCAUCGACGGCAGCAAGAAGCUCUCCAGCCUGGACGAGCUGCUGGAAGGUGAAAGUUAUGUUUGUGCAUCCAAUGAACCAUAUCGGAAAGUUGAUUAUACCAAGAAUGUCAAUCCAAACUGGUGUGUGAACAUAAGGACCGGGUCCACUCGAUCCCUGACAUCUUUGACAUCCACAAAGAGUGAAGUGAAGGAGAGUAAAGAUUUCAUUAAACCCAAAUUGGUGACUGUUAUUAGGAGUGGAGUAAAACCACGAAAAGCUGUAAGAAUUCUGCUGAAUAAGAAGACUGCUCACUCCUUUGAACAGGUCUUGACUGACAUCACAGAAGCCAUCAAGUUAGAUUCGGGUGUAGUCAAGAGGCUUUGUACAUUGGAUGGAAAGCAGGUGACAUGCUUGCAGGACUUCUUUGGAGAUGAUGAUGUCUUCAUUGCAUGUGGACCUGAAAAAUACCGGUAUGCUCAGGAUGACUUCGUUUUGGAUCACAGUGAAUGCCGUGUUAUGAAAUCGUCUUACUCCCGAUCAUCUGGCAUGAGGUAUUCAGGGUCCAAAAGUCCAGGACCUUCACGUCGAAGCAAAUCACCUGCAUCAGUUAAGAAGGGUGGCCACUACUCCAGUGCUCAUUCUUCAGCAAAAUCCCCAGUUAAUGGAACACCAAGCAGUCAAUUAUCCACUCCAAAAUCUACAAAGUCCUCCAGUUCUUCACCAACAAGCCCAGGCAGCUUUCGUGGACUCAAGAUCCCUCCUCAUGGUGGAUCAUCGUCCAAUGUGAAUGGUGUACCUGAAUCACUCCAUUGCCAGAGUCCUGAAGGUGUGAAUGGAAACAAGUGCUCAGGGUCAUCCACCAUUCUUGAGAAAUAUAAAGUCGGAAAGGUGAUUGGUGAUGGCAAUUUUGCUGUUGUGAAGGAGUGCAUAGAACGAUCCACAGGAAAGGAGUUUGCACUGAAGAUUAUAGACAAGGCUAAAUGCUGCGGAAAGGAACACCUGAUUGAAAAUGAAGUGUCUAUUCUACGUCGAGUGAAGCAUCCAAAUAUCAUUAUGCUGAUAGAGGAAAUGGACACUCCAACAGAACUCUAUCUGGUGAUGGAGCUGGUCAAGGGAGGAGAUCUAUUUGAUGCUAUCACUUCUUCUACAAAAUACACAGAGCGAGAUGGGAGUGCAAUGGUUUACAAUCUGGCCAGCGCACUCAAGUACCUUCAUGGUCUCAACAUUGUGCACAGAGACAUCAAGCCAGAAAAUCUCCUGGUAUGUGAAUAUGCAGAUGGAACCAAAUCUUUGAAGCUAGGAGACUUUGGACUGGCAACUGUGGUUGAGGGACCUUUAUAUACCGUCUGUGGUACGCCCACAUAUGUGGCUCCAGAAAUCAUUGCAGAGACAGGAUACGGCUUAAAGGUGGAUAUUUGGGCUGCAGGUGUGAUCACAUACAUACUGUUAUGUGGAUUUCCACCUUUUCGCAGUGAAAACAACCUUCAGGAAGACCUUUUUGAUCAGAUACUUGUGGGGAAGCUGGAAUUUCCUUCACCCUACUGGGAUAAUAUCACUGAUUCAGCAAAGGAGUUAAUUAGCCUGAUGCUACAUGUGAAUACCGAAGCCCGAUAUACAGCAGCACAGAUCUUAAGCCAUCCCUGGGUGUCAGAUGACACUUCCCCAGAGAAUAAUAUGCAAGCUGAAGUAACAGGUAAACUGAAGCAGCACUUUAACAACACCCUACCCAAGCAAAAUAAUACAUCUGCUGGGGUUUCUGUCAUCAUGAACACAGCUCUAGAUAAAGAGAGUCAGAUUUUCUGCAGCAAGCGCUGUCAGGACUCCGGUAGAGCUGGAAUGGAGAAAACUUCUGCAAUUACUGCUGCAGCUGCUGAUCCACACGCAGCCGGGUCCGAGACCCUACUCCCUGCUGCUUCUGAGCCAGUCAGAUCCCCCACGCUCCCCACCUCAGCGUCUCCUGAGUUUGCUGGGGAGCAGUCUGGUGUGCAGGACUGACUAAACCAAAUCCACCCGAAUGUCCCUGUGCUCUUGCCACGGUUUCUCCUCAUUUCACAUGACAGUUUGUUUUCAGUUUUCUUGCACCCUCCUGUGGUGAGCCCAAAGCAGGCUCUGCCACAAGACACUGAACUUCAAAAGCGAGUGAGUAAAUGUGGUUUUUUGAGUGCUCUUUGCCAUCAGCAGUAGGGAGAAAAGAUUCUGGUAAUGUUAGAUGAUUUUUAAGUUAUCUGUGUUAGUUUAAUUUCCUGCAUUCACACACUCUUGGGCUCUAAGUAGACUAACUUUAUGUGUAGCUAACCGCAAAGGCACCUGAGAUGAUGAAGGAUUGCCCAGCCUCACUUGUACAAGCGGGCCCCAGUGUGUUCUGAUGAGGGUUCUCAGAAAAGCAGGAGAGGAAAACAAGGAAAGAAAAGUUCCAUUCACCUUCUACUCUGAUGCCUCUAUUUUUAGGCAAGUGUCUACCAAACUUGAAGAGGCAUAUUUUCACAAAAAAUAAAAAAAUAAUAAAAAAAAGUAGGGAACUAACUGUAAAAUAUUGAGAGGCAAAUACUGGAGAUACAGGAAAGGGUGGGCAUUUUUUUGCAUAAAGUUUGUUAUCAGACUUGCAGACUGCAGGGUAGUGUUUAGCUAAUUUGAAUUUUAAUAAGGGGACUUGGGAUGUAAACACAAGCGCUGGUCAUUUAUUUGUAAUAAAGACCAGAGUCAAGGAAGCCUUUUGGUUCUAGCCUUUUUCUAUCCUAAUCACAGAUAUCACACCCUUCUCCAGUCAGUCUACCUGUUAGAUACAAUAAAAUGACUUUGGGCCUGCAAACAGAAUGCCUGCUGCAUGUUACCUAGCUAGGAUGGCCAGAGCAGUAUUUAGUUCUAGAGAGAGCUGACAGGAGCUACUCAAAGCAGCCGCCAUCAGUAGCUAGCAGCAGUCUGUCAGCACUAUUCCCCCCACUCACCUGGUGCAGGCACUGGAAACAUGGACUGGGGAGCAGACAUGCUUAAUCUGCAGUCACGGAUAGAGGAGGUUUUAUCUUUACCAUACUGCUUCAUUCAAUAUUGUAUGUAUUCAGCUUAUUCUUUUCCUUUGCUUGUUCUUUUCAAUUGGUCAUAGGUCAUUUUCUUUCUUAGCUAUACUUUCUACUAGAAUUGUAAACAAAGACCUGCAAUAAACUUUCUUCAUUAAAAAAAACAAAAAAACAAAAAAACAAAAAAAAACAACCAAACAAAAAACAGCUCUCAAUCAUUUAUUUCUCUGAGAAUUCAGUUAUCUUGUCUCUGAAGAGUCUGACCACUUGGGUGCAUCGCAAGAAGAUUUCAUAAAAUAAAUCCGAGUAUUUCUCAUACGCUUUUAAAGUCCCUUGAUUUCAAUGGAGGACCAAGGCAAUACACAACUGAUCAUAACUGAAAAUACUCUGCCUUAUUCAAAAAGGCAAUAAAGCGCACAAAACGCCAAUUUCUAACCUACGCUCAUGGAACAGCUGAGAGAUUUACAGGUACAGUGACAAAAAAAAAUCAGUUGUGAAGGAAUGAAAAGGUAUUACAGGUAUGAAAAGAGAUUACAGGCCCUAAUGAAAAAAAAAUUGGGCUUGAUUGAGACAACAAAAUUUGAAUUGCAACUAUAGUUACUGUGAAUUAACUCUUUUUACAGGCUUACUGGAACGAGGUCAAAUUUACUUGAAAAUAUGAAAAUGGACAUAGUAUAAAAUUAAGUACAUUUACAUUUUCAAAUAGUGUAAAAAUAUGAAGAUAGCAGUCUGGCCUUACACAGAAAAUGAUGAGACUUGCAUGAGAUAGAUGCAUAUACAGUUAGCAAGUUCUGCAGUAAGUCAUAGACUAUGCUGAAGAAGGGAUGCAAAAUUUUCAGAUGGGAUAGACUAAUGCACCUACAACAAGGAAAGGGAGCACUAAACAGAGAUGACACUGAUAAAUUACUGAAUUGAGUUAAGAAGUGAGUAAGGAGGAAGAAGCGGCAAAAUGAUAAGGAUUGGGUCAUUUUGAGGUGGUGUUUUUUUUCUUUUUUUUUUUUCUUCUAAGAGGAUGAAUAUUCAGCUAUAGGUACUUAUUUUACAAAGGAAAAAUGGACAAGGAUUAAUAGAAUCAUAGAAUCACCAAGGUUGGAAAAGACCUAAAAGAUCAUCCAGUCAAACCGUUCACCUAUUACCAAUAGCUCCCACUAAAGAGAUCCCACUAUAGAGAUAGCUAACAAUUUGUCUUCAACAAAGCCUCAUGCUUUUGUGAAGGAAAGGAUGAAAAUCUGACUGGUAACUGGCUGCAAUUUAAACUAUUAUGUAUGCCUUUACCCUCUUCUACAAAACAAAAUAUCUAGAACUCACAUACCUAGGUUUAUGAAUGACCAACAUGUAAACAUUCAUAGACAAGUACUGUGGUUUGCAGAGGAGACAGCACAUAGACUACGCCAAAAUCACCUACUUAAUACUGACCAUCGCUCUGAAAGAUGAUCUUGUGGUGAACAUAUCAGAUAAAAACAUGCUAUAUCUAGGCAAAUUCUUAACUUAGUCUUUGACCUUAAAAAAACCAUAUCGCUUCUCUGUGCCUUAAUUUGGCACCAAAGACAAUAAAGCUAUGGGUGCAUAGGUGGCAUAGUAACACUACUCAAAGCAUCACAGUUUAACAUCAAAAGAGAGACAUGCUGGUUAAUAAUAAAACACGUAAUGAAG